CUGGACAGCCGGUUCCCCCUGUGGAUGUGUCCGCCGCCGCCAUUGUGCGGCGCUAGUCUCCUCAGAGGGUGCCAGCUGUGGCCAGUGCUUCGAGCGCUUCCCCUCGCUUCUCGCUCUCCUAUUCUGGGGGCCCGGCAGGUCCGGGACUCCUGUCCGUGCCGGUGCGGGCGCCGGCAUGUGGCUGUGGGAGGACCAGGGGGGCCUCAUGGGCCCCUUCUCCUUCCUGCUGGUGCUGCUGCUGCUGGUGACGCGCAGCCCCUUCAAUGCCUGCCUCCUCACAGGCAGCCUCUUCGUCCUGCUGCGCAUCUUCAGCUUUGAGCCGGUGCCCUCCCGCAGGGCCCUGGAGGUGCUCAAACCCCGGGACCGCGUUUCAGCCAUCGCCCAUCGCGGCGGCAGUCACGACGCCCCUGAGAACACGCUGGCGGCCAUUCGGCAGGCAGCUAAGAAUGGAGCAACAGGCGUGGAGUUGGACAUUGAGUUUACCUCUGAUGGGGUUCCUGUCUUAAUGCACGAUAACACAGUAGACAGGACAACCGAUGGGACUGGUCGAUUGUGUGAUUUGACAUUUGAACAAAUUAGGAAGCUUAAUCCUGCAGCAAAUCACAGACGCAGGGCUACUGAUGCUCUAAAGAAAGUGUAUAUGGAAUUUCCACGACUAUACAAUAAUAGUAUUGUCUGCUCUUUCUUGCCAGAUGUUAUCUACAAGAUGAGACAAACAGAUCCGAAUGUAGUAACAGCUUUGAUUCACAGACCUUGGAGCCUUAGCCAUACAGGAGAUGGGAAACCACGCUUUGAUACUUACUGGAAACAUUCUAUGUUUGUGAUAGUGGACAUUUUGCUCGAUUGGAGCAUGCAUAAUAUCUUGUGGUACCUGUGUGGAAUUUCAGCUUUCCUCGUGCAAAAGGAUUUUGUAUCCCCGAACUACUUGAAGAAGUGGUCAGCUAAAGGAAUCCAGGUUGUUGGUUGGACUGUUAAUACCUUUGACGAAAAAAGUUACUACGAAUCCCAUCUUGGUUCCCCCUACAUCACCGACAGCAUGUUGGAGGACUGCGCGCCUCACUUCUAGACUUUUACCCAGGGGAGGAAACACGGGUUCAGAAACUACCAGUGGCCUCAUGUAGGGAUAUCAAAAUACCCUUUGUGCUAGCCCAGGCCCUGGGGGAUAAGGUGGCUCACACAAGCAAUAGUUGUUAAUUUCAUCUUUACCUGAACCAAAGCAAAACCCAGUGUUGCCACCAUGCUCCAUGGAAUGCCUAAAUUCAACACUGUUGCUCUUGAAAAUCUGGGUCUGAAAAAAGGCACAACAGCCCCGCCCUGACCUACCUGAAAGUAUACACAGGGACCCAGUGACGAUAAGCACAGAUUGAGUUGUGCAGUUUGGGGAUGCAGAUGUAAAUGCAUGAGGCAUGCAUGAUCACUCAAGAGUUGACAUUUUAAAACUUGCCACACUUAAGUAUUUUACUUAUUUCAAAUAUUUGUAUUCAGCCAUGUUAACAAGGUACUGUAGAUGUCAAACUUGAGGCCAUACUAAUAAAAUCAUUAAAAGGAGCACUAAAGGAAAA